AUGUAUCUCUCUGUCAACCAACUGUCUACCCUUAUGAGCAUUCUCAGUGAAGAAACUGUGGAAAAUCAAACUCUUGAAUACCUUGUUUCCCAAUUACAUCAAUAUUUUAAGCGAGAAGAUAAUUUUAAAGUUGGAUGCACUUUACUCAUGUUGAUUCAGCAUUCUGAUUUUCUGCUCAAUCAAACACAAAAAUUUGCUGCAAUAAUAUUAUGUUAUGAACUAUACCGUAAUGAACCAAUUGCAUCAAAUCCUUUAGCACCUGUUUUUAUGCAUCUCUUGCACAAAAAAGUUGGCAAAAAUGAAUAUGUUGGUGAUUUGCCAGUUUUAACUAUGCCUGUUAAAAUAUUUCUCUCCAAUUUAAUAAUGUCUCAAAAUUCUAAAGAAUUGUUACGAAAGUCUGCUAAACAAGUACUGACAGCACGCAGUGAUCCCAGCAAACCUGUAGUUAAUACAGCAACAAUUCUUAAUACCAUCAAGGAUCGUCGAAAAAAUCUCCCUCGAACAGCAAAAAGUUCCCUUCCAGUUAUUAUACCUGAUCCUCAAAAAACUGAAACCAAGGAAGGAGCUAAACAAGUUUUAGAAAUGCUUAUAAGUGGACCUAAAUCUUAUGUAUCACACAACUUCAAACCAGAAAUGAUGCGACUUGUACCUCCAUUGUAUGUUAGCAAAGAUGAAAUAGCUUGGAUAAGCAAGGAUAGCCGAACCAGCCACGUAAUCAUGUAUGAUAAAACAAUGUGUGUUUCUACUAGUGCUGCUACUGAAGCACGUGAACUUAUGACUAAAGCUCUUAAAACGCCAUUAACAUUACAGCAACAGCAACAUCUAUUAGCUGAACUUGUAAAUGAUCCAAAAUUAGUUUAUCAUAUUGGUCUCACGCCUUGUAAAUUACCGGAUUUAGUUGAGAAUAAUCCUUUAAUAGCUAUUGAAGUAUUACUAAAAUUAAUGCAGUCCCAUAGUAUAACAGAUUAUUUCUCUGUCCUAGUCAAUAUGGAAAUGUCUUUACAUUCAAUGGAAGUAGUAAAUCGAUUAACAACAACUGUUGAACUGCCUACUGAAUUUGUACAUUUGUACAUAUCAAAUUGCAUUGUAGCUUGUGAAACUAUAAAGGAUCAGUAUAUGCAAAAUCGACUUGUUCGUUUAGUAUGUGUUUUCUUGCAAUCUCUUAUUAGAAACAAAAUUAUCAACGUGCAGGAAUUAUUUAUUGAAGUUCAAGCUUUUUGUAUUGAUUUCAUUCAAAUACGAGAAGCAUCUGCUCUAUUCCGCCUCUUAAAACAAUUAGAAACCGGAGAUACCUGUAGCAUUGGUAAUAUAGCUGCUGCUGCUGGUAUUACACCAAGUACAAUUGCUGCUGCUGCUAAGGAUAAAGAUAAGGAAAAAAUAGUGCCAAAAGAAAAAUAAAAAUUUUUAAUUUUUAAUAAAUUGAACUUGAUACUUGGAAUAAAAAACCUAUUAAAAUUACUAUUAAUUUUUAUAAUUAGAGAGACUGUUUAGUGGAAAUAUCUUUGAUAUUAUUUUAUAUUUAUAUAACUGUUAGAUCAGAAGGUGUUUGGUAAUUCUGUUUUAAUAUAACAUAAGUAAAGCUAUAAGUUAUACAUUUAAAAUAUUAUUACUAAAUAAUGCUAUUGGAUUUGUUUUAUGGACAACAAAUUUAAACAAUAUUAUCAAUUUUUUAUUAUUAUUUCAUUUAUAUUUGUACUUAUAAGGUAAUGAAAUGAAAUUUCUUGUGUAUGUUAUGCAAAUUUCCUGGUCCAUGUUAAAUGCACUAACAUUACUCUAAAAAAAAAUAUGUAUAUUUUUUGCUGCUUAAGUAUUGAGUAUUUACCUAGUGGGCUUUAUUAAUUCAUAUUUAUUUUGAUACAAACCUGUGUAGCAGUUAUUAAAAAAACUGCUGUUGGCCAUGCUAUUGUUCUGACAACAACCAAACCUGCAAUAUGCAGUGUAGCACUUUGCUUAUCCAUUUGUCAUAAAAAAAAACCUUAGACCGAUGUGACGACAUCUGAUAGGUACAAAUGUUGGACCAUCAUAACGUAAAUUAAACACUUUAUUUCCAUGACAAUAAUAAUUUCAUUUCAUUUUUCUUAAAUUUAUUAUACUGUUAGAUCACAUUUUUUUUUAUCAUUUUCAGCCAUUCGGGUGUGUCAAUUUAUA